AUGGCACAAACACCUAGAGUAAACUAUCCUUCAAGUGCUCCAAAUACGAUGUUUAACUAUGAUCAGAUCGAAACUGUUAGAUCAAGAAUGAUGCAAGUUGAUGAAUCUCAAACAGAAUUUCUUAAAAUCAACGAUCUAACGCAACAUACUGGUCUUUCAAACACGUUUAUUGAAUCAAACUUUAAAAAGGUUAUACUUCAUCCAAGAGAAAUUCCACCAGUUGAACAAGAAGAAAAAUUUUCUACAUUAUUGAGAACAAAACCUAUUCCAGAAAUUGCAAAUAAAGAAAAGCAAAUCAAACUCGAGGUUGCUAUUGAGGAAGGGUUAGAUGGAAUUGAAAAAGAUGCAAAGGAAGAUAUGAAUGAUGAAGCCAAAUGGGUCAAAUUACAGAAAGAAUGGGAAAUAAGAUAUAAAGAACAUAGAGAAGUUGCCAAAACAGCAUCACUAAUUUGUGAGGACAUAAUUGGAAAAAUGGAUGUUAAAAGAAGGUUGGAGGUUGAAGAGGAAAAUACUAAACCAAAAGAUGAAGACAUUGGAACUCAACAAAAAUUAUCAUUGGAAGAUGUACUUGAAUUCAUGUCAAGCGGUAAACAAAAUGGAAAAGGUCCAUUAGUUUCAUAG